GGAGUGCCUGGAGUGCCUACAGCCCUGCCUCCAAGUGCCGUCCCCCCUCUGCCCGCUCUGCCGCAUGCCCUUCGACCCCAAGAAAGUGGAGAAGGCUUCCAGUGUGGAGAAACAGCUUUCGUCCUACAAAGCUCCCUGCAGAGGCUGCAGCAAGAAGGUGACCCUCGCAAAAAUGCGCUCUCACGUCUCGUCCUGCGCGAAGGUGCAGGAGCAGAUGGCCAACUGCCCCAAGUUCGUUCCAGUUGUCCCCACGUCCCAGCCUAUUCCCAGUAAUAUUCCCAAUCGGUCGACGUUCGUGUGCCCGUAUUGUGGGGCCCGGAACCUGGACCAGCAGGAGCUGGUGAAGCACUGCAUGGAGAACCACCGCAAUGACCCCAACAAAGUGGUGUGCCCAGUCUGCUCAGCCAUGCCCUGGGGGGACCCCAGCUACAAGAGUGCCAACUUCCUCCAGCACCUCCUCCACAGGCACAAAUUCUCCUACGACACCUUCGUGGACUAUAACAUCGACGAGGAGGCAGCAUUGCAGGCUGCCUUGGCACUGUCGCUCUCCGAGAACUGAGAGUGACUGCAGAGCAUCGGUUCGGACCCCCAUCACACCCUGUCUCCUUUUGCACACUCAGCCUUCCUACCGGGAAGG